AUGGAGAUGGAGAUGGAAGGUGAGAAAAUCUUCGAGGUCGACCUCGGUAACCUAAUGGCGUUCGACUCUCAUCAUCCUUUUCCUUCCCAACAACAAUCCAGGGUUGAACUGGUGAAUGAGUGUUUACAGAAAGGUACUGAGUUAGUUCAAGCUAUAGCUGAUUCUCUCUUUACUUUGCCAUCAACAGAAGAUAUUGAUGGACCCCUUGUUAAAUUGCCUCCACCAACCACCAGAUUACCCAGAGAAAAACAUUUCCCAAGGCCCAAGCCUCCUACUAAAUGGGAAACUUUUGCACAAAAGAAAGGCAUUAAGAAUAGGAAGAAAGACAAAGUUGUUUUUGAUGAGCAAUCUGGAACGUGGAAACGCAGACAUGGGUAUGACCGUGCCAAUGAUGAAGAAGCUAUACCUAUUAUUGAAGCUAAACCAACUGAUGAUCCAGAUGAGGAUCCUUUUGCUAAAAGAAGAGAAAACAAAAAGGGGAGAGUUGAUAAACAGGAGAAAAAUCGGCUACAAAACUUGAAGAAUGCUGCAAAGUUUGGGGCUUUGCCCAGCCAUGUUCAGUUGGCUGCUACAUCUUUGCCCAUAACAGGAACCCAGGCAGCACCAAAGAAAGCUACCAAGGAUGAAUUGGGCAAUGUAGCAGGAAUAGCAGCAACUGCCACAGCUAGUGGUGGGAAAUUUGACAAGAAAUUGCCAGGAGAAAAGCCUGCACAACAUAAAGGAAAAUACCGAAAGUUCUUGCCAGUGGCAGAAGGAACAGGAAUCGGAUCACUUGAGAGGGAGCAAACUGAAAAAAUAUUGAACAAGAUCAUGUCCAAGAAUAACCAUGAUAUACUCAACGUUAACAAGGCUGUCACAGUGCACAAUGUGAAGAAAGAGAAAAACAGGAAGAGUGAUAAAUCCAAGGCCUCAUCAAGCAACAAAUUGAAACCUCAGAAGAAGUCUUUUAAGAAGGGAAAUGCAAAGAAAGGCAACCCAAAAGCACAGUAA